AUGUCGAUGUUCUUUGCCCCCGCUUUCUGCGCUCCCGAGGAGCCCAACUUCAUGCCUCUCUUCCGCUUCCUUGAUGAGUGGGAGCAAGCCCAGCAACAGCAACAGCCUGAGCGCAAGCACCAGCAGCAACAGCGCCCCAAGACGCAGCAGCCCCAGCAGCCUCACCUUCAGCAGCAGCCACGACAGAGGGCUCUUCCCCAGGCCCGGCCUCAGCGCUUCCAGCCAGCCUUUGAUGUGCGGGAGGUAGAGGAUGCGUAUGAGCUCUACGCCGACCUUCCUGGUGUUGCAAAGGAAAACAUCACCAUUGAGUUCCCCGAAGACCAGACAAUCACCAUCUCUGGCAAAGUCGAGCGCAACUACGAGCAGCUGUUCGCACCAUCCCAAGAGACCAUCUCUGAGAACCCCGAGGAGCAGCCAAGACCAAGAAGCCCUUACCAGGCGACUGUCGAGGACGACACCGAGGAUGAGGAGUACGACGCCGUCACUCCUGUGACCAGCCGCCCUGCCUCACCCACCACCCCCACUGCCAUUGUCAAGCAGCCUGCCCAGCAACAAACCCAGCAGACACCAACACCUGCCAAGUACUGGCUCCAGGAGAGAAACUUUGGCGAGUUUUCCAGGACAUUCCAAUUCCCUGGCCGCAUCAAUACCGACGAGGUCACUGCCGCCCUUGAGCACGGCAUUCUUAGAAUCCGGGUUCCCAAGGCCAAGGCUUAUGAGAGGAGACGGAUCACCAUUUUCUAA